UGCAAUGUUUUAAUAUGUUCCCUGAUCUUAUCCAUAUAAGGAAGCCAUUCUGGUCUUCGUGUCCCUAAGAAGAACAAUGUUCCAUUAUACGGAUGUAACUUGAUAGAAAUAUCACAAUGGAAACCUCGUUCUGCAAAAUACAAAGAUCAUCUCAUGGGCCAUUGUUUCUGGAGAGGAGGCAGUCAUCCAAUGCAUUCCACAUAACGUAUAUCAUUUUUAAAAAUCUCAUGACUCCGUAACUGUCAAAAAUAUAAGUAAACAGUUAAACAUGAGAUUAUAUUGAGGAGCUGAAUUUUAUGUGUGGGUUGUUCUGAUUUCAUGUUUCAUGAUUCAUUCUUUGACAUAUAAGAUGUCUGCGGUGAAAACACCAUCUCUCAUUCAUCCAGGUGUUCACAUCAAAGAAAGUCAUGAACGUAUGUGCUCUUUCCAUUUCAAUUUUUCUGUUUAUUUUAUGGAAAGUAGGAGUUUGUUUUUCAAACCCUCUACAAGAUAUUACCUGUCCAAGCGAUAUCCCAAAUGGAGUUCUUGAAAUAAACUGCACAGGACACGUCGGUUCCUAUUGUGAAGUCAUCUGUAAGGAUGGUUUCCGACUGCACGACGAUGUUCUGGGGAUAUACUGCAAUAGAGACGGGAGAUGGUCAGUCAUAGAAACAAAAAUAUGUCAGAGAAUUCAAGAAACCGUCCUGGAGAAAUCAUCACUGAAUACAGAGGCUGUUCUGGGCGGAGCUGCUACAGGAUUCCUCAGCGUCUUCCUUGUGUACAUUGUUGUUAUGAUGGUCAAACAAAAAAUAAAGAAGUUGAACGAUAGUGAUGACUUCUCUCUACAAAGACGACCGGGUGAAGAAAGCGCACGGCGGAACGACUACUUAGAAACUGUGAGCUUUAUAUCGCCCACCUCUGAGCAGUCUACUCGUGUAAACGAAGUGGGACUUGACAGAACAGAGGCAAAAACAAAGGACGAAUUGAAGAAACCAGGAAGAAAUGUUCCCUGUAGCCACGAAAAGAAAAAGAAGCAUCAUCUUUAUCACAACGUGUUUAAGAAAGGAGCGUAUGAAAACGUAUAA